AAAUGGCCUUAAAAGGCCCAAAAUGAAGCCAGAAGGAAAAACCCCAUCAAAGCAACAAAACGCAUCGUAUUACAGGAUAGCAUUACCAGUAAACCCUGGGAAAGCAGAAGAAAAUGUGGCGUUGUGGUGUCUCAAUUCUAAAACCCAACUGUUACUUCCACUGCAAACGGAACUACUUGUCACUUUCAAAAUCAAACUUGACAAAACACCCAAUCACGAAAUACUCAAAUUAUUCAAGUUUAACAAUGACGACCAUCACCGAAUCCGAUGUGGGAAUCCUAUGUUUCAUCUCAAACCUUCCUGGUUUUCGUGGCAUCCUCAAACAAAGAUAUUCUGAUUUCAUUGUGAAUGAAGUAGACAUUGAGGGAAAUGUUGUUCAUUUGACCUCUUUAGAUGCCCCUCCAGAGGCUUUUCAGGAAGUUGAAACAAAAAUAUCUGAUCAACUUAACAAAAAUUAUGCAUCUGAAAUUGAAAAAUUCAGAUCACUUGCCUGCGAAAUUGAUGUCGAUCGGUUAGAAGCUUUCAUUAACCAAAUUACUUCAGGCAGUGAAGAAGAUAUCUCUCCCAUUGUUCUGUCUCCAGAUUCUGAUAAAUCUCAUCGAACGGCAAUGCAUAAUUUCUUUAAGGAAAAUCUUAGAUUUCUAGUCACCGACACUGUUGAUGGACCUGAUUCUUCCUCAAAAUGCAUCCGGGUGAGGUUAAAUUCUGGGAAUAAGAACAAGGGAAGAAAUUUGAAUAAAAGGAAGAGAGGUGAUAGGCCCUAUGAUAGUAGAGGUUCAAGCCACUGGCCAGCACAUCUUGGCAAUUUUCUUAGGUUCCAUCUUUUCAAGGAGAAUAAAGAUACACAGGAAGCCUUAGGAUUAAUAGGAAAGAUGCUUGGCAUUCAGCCAAGGUCUUUUGGUUUUGCGGGUACAAAAGAUAAGAGGUCAGUUUCCACUCAAAGGGUAACUGUUUUCAAGCAGUAUGCAAGUAGAUUAGCUGCCCUUAAUGACAGGUUGAUUGGUAUUAAGGUGGGAGACUUCUGCUACGUCAAGGAUGACCUCCUCCUUGGGCAGCUUUUAGGAAACCGAUUCACCAUCGUAUUGCGAGGAGUUGUUGCAGAUUCUGAAGAUACUAUUCAAGCAUCUGCAGAGUCCUUGGGGAGGCAUGGCUUCAUCAACUAUUUUGGCUUACAACGUUUUGGAAGUGGUUCUGUUCCAACUCACCACAUUGGUGCCACAUUACUGCGAGGCGAAUGGAAAGCUGCUGCAAGCACUAUUCUUGAUCCAAGAGAAGGGGAAAGAAAUAUCAUAAGCAAGGCAAGGGAAUAUUAUAAACAAACUGGUGACAUAGAUGGUACUCUCAAGCAAUUACCUCGCCAUUUAGUUGCAGAAAGGGCUAUGCUGCAAUGUUUGAAGAAAAGUCCUGGGAAUUACUUGCAAGCCCUGAAAGCUAUACCUAGGACGUUGAGAAUGAUGUAUGUCCAUAGUUACCAAAGCUAUCUGUGGAACCAUGCAGCAAGUGUGAGAGUGAAAAAAUAUGGAAGCCGUGAAGUUGUGUUGGGAGACUUGGUAUAUAGCAAAGGAGAUGAUGCGGAAAAAACAGAAGUUUUACCGCCUGAACAUGAAGAUAAUAGCUUAGAAGAUGCUUAUGAUUGUGGUCAAUUAGAUGAAAUAUCUGGAAAAGAUCUUCCGCUAGAGAAAAAUAAUCUUGUUAAGGUCAUAACUGCAUCAGAUAUCAGUACUGGAAAUUAUACUAUUGAGGAUGUUGUCCUUCCUAUGCCAGGCUCUAGAAUAAUUUAUCCAAUGAAUGAGGUUGCUGAAGUUUAUCAUGACAUGGCAAAGAAGGAUGGCAUCAGCUUGACAGAGAGUGUCCAUAAUAUCAAGGAAUUUUCAAUAACCAGCAUGACUGGAAGCUACAGGCGUGUUUUUCAGAAGCCAAUAGAUUUUCAAUGGGAUUUGCUUUCGUAUACAGAUGGAAAUUUAGCAUUGUCGGAGACAGAUAUAGACAAAAUUGCCAAAACUAAACCUGUGAACCCAGUCAAAGAAGAGAAUCCAACCAAUGGAACUGAAGGCGAAGAGUCAUCCAAUCAUCUGGAACAAUUAGAGAGCUUUGAGGAUGAGAAAAAGUUUUCAACCGAUGAUAAUGAGGUGGAGGUUUCUAGAGAAGCCGAGCCUCCACAAGUUCAUUCUCCACCUGACUUGAAUUCUCAGGAACCUCAGAAAGCUCUCAAAUUGGCCUUCACACUUCCUGCUUCUUGUUAUGCCACAAUGGCCAUACGAGAGCUUCUCAAGACAUCCACUUCUGUUGCAUUCCACAAGACACUUAACCAAUAAACAUGUUGCCACUCGUAUAGUUUAUGAGACUAGGAUCAACCCACCAUGUAUCUUGAAUCAGGAACAAGAAAACAAGGUUUACUCCCAUACACUGGUCCUCGUAUGUGUGUACAUGUAAGGUACAUGUGACAAACUUUACCCUAUCUGCCAAUUAGCCAAUUCUUUUGUGCACUGGUAUUUAUAAUUUUAUAGUUGAAAGGACAUGUAUCUGCAUCACUAGGCUUACUGUUUUGACUUCACAAUACCUAGUCAUAUGUUUAAAACACCUUGUUGGAUUAGAGUAGGGGUGAACUUGAGCUGAGUCAGGCUUGGCUGGAAAUCAAAGUUUGAAGCUUGGUUUGAAGCUUGGCUGAAGCUCAAUUUGAGAUAAAAAUCGAACUGUUUGAACUCGCUCAAUUAAGCUUGUUUACCUUGUUAAAAUGAGCUUUGAUAAAGAAAGGGUAGCAGCUGCUAAGAUUCAAAAUUUCGAAACCCAGAUUUUUUAGAUGCCAUCUAUUAGGGGUGGUUGUUUAAGCCAAGUGAACUAAGCUUUGAGGUUCAUUUUUAUAGGAUGAUUAAAUCAUUUGCUUCUGCCUUGGAAGGUUUUGUGAUAAAGGUUCAUGUUCAGGUGGUCCCAAAUAUUUGUCUUUGGUAAUAAGCGACCAUCAAACAGGGAGAAGUCUCUGAUCUGGUUCCAUGUGAUGUAUUUGUUACUUUGAGUGAAAUACUUUCUAACAGGAAGCUUUGUUAUUACGUGAUUAUCUUAAAGACGUCAAAACCUUUACCUGAAAAGGGAAAACAGAAA